CGUGAACAGAGAGACGUGGCCGACGCGGCGUCGUGCGGCGUCGGGGGACGCGCGUUAACCCCUGGCCGACCUCCGAGGGAAGGAAGAAACACCUGGCCGAGGCGUUGACAAGGUGCACCCCGGCGACGGCAGCGCGACCGGACAUCCUCCACGGUAUCCAACAUGAACAGCUCGCCGCAGAAUACGAACAGCACCGGCGGCCAGAGGCGGACGACAACCGGUGUCGACAACAGCGACGAGGAGGAAUGGAGCGGCGUCGUCGAAUGUGCUGUCCUUGAAAGAACCAAGUCCGAUAGAGCCGCACGCGCUGAUGAGGACAGACGUCGACGGACGAUUAUCGUUGAGAAGAAGAAUGGCACGUACGGUUUCACGUUACAGAGCUACGGAAUACAUUACAAGAGGGAGCAGGAGAUAGAGAUGGUUACAUACGUGGAUUACGUGGAAUACGAUGGACCAGCAUUUAAAGCUGGUAUGCGAGAGGGCGACGUAAUAUUGUCUAUAAACGGUCACGAGAUGGAUAGGGCCGAUCACAAGACCCUCGUGAACUUUAUUAAGAACUGUGAUACCAGAAUGCGAAUGGUCGUGUCCUUCGAAGACUGCGUAAGAAAGGUGGAAUUACACAUGCGUUACAUCGAAUUACAACGUGCCCUUCAGUCUCGCCUGGGCGAGUUGGAGAGACUCUGCGAGAGAGAACGGUCUAUUCUAAUGGGUCGAUGGAAGACCCAUUCACUGCCAGCGCGCAAAAGAACCCCUAACAACAUCGCCGGCACUAAUCCUAAUCAGCCGUCACCCUCUUCCAGCUUCAAUUCUUCCACCAUCCAGUGCUGCCGGCCAGCAACCUCCACCGAACACCUUCUACUCUACAAUGUGUUCGCGGACGGACGACCCUAUCUCAUCCCACGCAGCGCCGCUUGCCUCGUAACAGUCGGACCUCCUCGUUCUCGCAGCGAUCACCACCACUUUUUAUCCAAGAUGUCGAGCGAAUCUGCGAUGGCUGUGAGCUCUUCGCGUCACAGUUACCAUCAGGCGAACGGUUUAACGGGUACACCCGCGAAGAGCAAAUCCCAUAAGCAGUCCUGCCAGCAAGCAUCAUCCGGCGAAGGGCCAUCGUUGCACUCGGUUCCUCAAAACAACCUCUGCGUCGCUUGCAUCUCCAGCGCAAAUCGUCGUCGGGAACAGUCCGACAGCGGCAGUCUGGAUGCUUACGAUCUCGCCAGUCCUUGUUGCGAUCCGAAUUGCGUACCUAGUCGUCGACGUCGCGAGAAGCAACGACGCGCCCGCAACGAGCAGGCUCUUCAUCAGCAACAGCAGCAGCAGCAGCAACAGCAACAACAGGCCAACAUCCAGCAUCAUCACAACGUUCAAGGACAACGAGACCAGCAACAGCAGCAGCCUAACGCUCACAAUUGCCCUCGCACUUCCGGCCACAGUCUUCACUCCAUCACCAGUAGCGACGUCUCGACGACGGCCGAGAGCGUCGCUUCCUGCUCCACCAGUCUCAGCACCGACACUCUCUACUGGGACCCGAGCGUCCACCAGAGACCACCGCCGUGCCUUCAAUACGCCAAGCCCAAGUCCUGGGACAAUCUGACCACCAAAGCCUUCGGCGGCUACGGCUUCGGCUACGGUUACCUGGACACCGUGACGAUCAAGACCCACAGCGCGGAACGUCCCGGUAAGGGCUCGCACAACAGCGGUGGCGGCAGAUCGAAGACGCCGAUCGGCAUCGUGCAGCGGAAGUCCAGCGGCGCCAGCGGAAGUACCGUCUACUCGACCGCCACGAGUUCGACGGUCACCAGUCGGCACUUCCAGCCGACCAAGUCGACGGAGAGCCUGCUGAUCGCGCCCGGGCCUUACCAGGGCGACCUCGAUCAGGCCAGCUUGAGCUGCGAGUGUCUGGACAGCGGCGGAGGACCCGGCUCGCGAUUCAUCCAGCUGGACAAGCACAAACGCGCAGAGGACGCGGGUUACGUCCCGCCGAACCACGCGCAAGUCAGACAUCGACGGUCUAGUCAUUCCGACGGGAAACUACGGGCUAUCAAUAACUCCGAAGUCACGCGAUUGUAAUGUCCUCUUAUUAUUAUUGGAGCAUAUUAUUCAGAUUAUCAAGAUGAGAGAAUAAAGCAUCGACGUUGUGGAAAUGCAUGUUUGCUCGCGUUUUAUUUCGCCAGCCGAGAAAAUGGAGUCGCGAUGAUGAUCGAGUCAGAGGACGUCUCUUUGGAAUUAAAUGCGAAUUUCAGGAAUUUCCAAGUCAUCUUCAAGUUCUCGCGUUUCGAUAUAUUCCCAAGUAUUUUAGGUCAAAGUUACCAGAGAUCCUCUAAUAAGAGAAAAAUCAAUGUUGUACAAUAAAAAUAAACAUUUUUGUUUAAUUAGGAGCUGCA